CCCUAUGGAUCGUCUCCUUGUUUGCUGUUUGGUAUUUGGAAUUUUGCUUAUAGAGGAUUUGCAUGCUCUGAACAUCAAUGAGACCAUCGAUGUGGAAAAGUUGGCCCAGAGAGUGAUGGCUCCUGCGCAGCAGACACGUGUUAUUGGCGGCCAUUUGACUACCAAUGAGAAGUUGGGUGGAUAUUUAGUGGCACUGAAAUACCACGGCAGUUUUAUCUGCGGUGGCACAUUGAUUCGGGAUAUUUUUGUACUGACGGCGGCCCACUGUUUUGAGAACCGGGGAAUGAAGGAGGGUUGGACUGUGAUCGGUGGCAUCUCGAAACUCAGCGAAACUGGUGUUCGCCGCUGGGUGAAGACUAUAAUCAAGUCCGCCGAGUUCAGGAUGGAUUCCAUGCACAUGGACGUGGCUGUGAUGCUGCUGAAUAGGCCCAUGGUGGGAAAGGGCAUCGGUAAACUAUCAUUGUGCUCCACGCCAUUGAGUCCGGGCAAGUUACUGGUAGUUUCCGGUUGGGGGAUGGUUAGCCCGGAUGCAAGUGGUCCGGAUCAGUUGCUGCGAACCGUCACAGUACCUGUAGUUGAGAAGAGUUAUUGCCGCAAGGUCUAUCAGACGGCAGCCACAAUAUCAGACAGCAUGUUCUGCGCCUCAGUUUUGGGAAAGAAAGAUGCCUGCACCUACGACUCUGGAGGUCCACUGGUUUUCAACAAGGAGGUCUGCGGAAUCGUGUCUUUUGGGAUCGGAUGUGCCAGCCCUUUAUAUCCCGGCGUCUAUACAGAUGUCCAUUACGUUAAGCCCUUCAUUGAAAAAUGUAUGAAAGUGAUGCUCUCCCGUCGACCCCGUUAUUAAAAUCCAUGCGUUUUCUAAAAUACACUUAUUUAAGUAUGAUUUCGUUUCCAAGAUUCUUUCGGGUGUAGAACUAAUAGUAGUGAAACUACGAUUUUCACUAGUUUAAAUUUAAAAAAAAUUAUUCAUUGCCUACAAGUCUCCAAAUAU